AUGAGCUUGUUGGAGAUUGACGAUUUGAACACUGCUGUAUCGCUGCAUGGGGAACCACUGGAUCCAAGUGAUGAUGGAAUAGACACCUUGAUCAGGUCGAUCCUUUCCUGUCGAAGAAUCAGCCGUGGAUUUGUCGAAGAACGCUUCCUGGAGCGGCUUUCAGAGGCAAAACUUCAGAACAUCUUCAGGGCCCUUGUUCGUCGUCCCGCCUUGGAAAGCUUAAAGUGCUGUGGCCUCAGGGAUCGAUCCUUUACUGCACUCGUAAAAGCAAUUCGUCAGUCUCCUCACCCACCGCCUUUGACACGCCUUUGGAUUAUUGGACUAGCUUUGGCGCCCACAUUCUCUUCUACCGGUAGCACUUCUUCCACUACCGGUUUGGAGCUACUGAUUGAAGCACUAUCCAAUGUUCCUACAUUACAAGCCGUCAAUUUACUCUUGAUUGCCCCCGAAGGAUAUACCAUAGAGUCAUCGGUCAAUGUGGAGUUUCGUAGCAAUGAGGGCAUCCUUUGGGAAGUGGGGGCCUUUGAUCACUACUCAGCCGUCAUGAUCCCAAGGUGUUUUCGAUACAACAGUGAUCGUUGGACCAAUAUCAAAGUAUCAGGGGUCGAUGUAUCUGGCGUUGCUAUCCAUGCAAUAUCUGAUAUACUUGCAUCACUAGACCCAUCCCGAUCGGCCCUGGACAGAAUGGAGAUUCGAUUGGAUGCAUGCAAUCAACAGGCAGUGCGACGGAUAGCCAACGUUCUAGCACAACAACAAGACCAUCGUGGCUUGAAGGAAUUGAGUCUUCAAGUGGAGGAAAAUUUGCAAUCUUCCGUUCCGAUUAUGGCGUCCAUUUCCGAAAUGCUGGUUACCAAUUCCUGCCUCGAAUGGCUCCAACUAUCAAGAAGUCUCUUUCACGAUCAAUCAGCAUGCUGUUUGGCCCGAUGCUUGACCCAAAACCAAACACUGAAGGUGCUGGAUCUCACCUACGAGACCCCCGCUGGUCGUCAUCCUGUCACCGAAGACAAGGGCUACAAGGCCCUUUUGGAAAUGCUCAAAGUGAAUCAGAUUGUGGAGGUCAUACCCACCUACGACCUCGACCAUGAUUCUCCAGUGUUUGAUCAAAUAGAGUAUUACUUGAAGCUCAACGAGUCUGGAGUUCGCCGUGUCCAGCUGUCUGUGAACACUCACUAUGAGGAGUUCUUGGAAUUGCUGGAAUCCGAAGGAGAUGAUUUGGACUGCGUCUUUUACCUCUUGUCCAAGAAUCCCUCCUUGUUUCGAAGGAUGCAGGCAGGGCCAUAG